AUGGUGUGCUUAAACUGUGGUGGUGAAGCGUCUUCAUCAAAAAAGACGAUUAAUGUGCGGGUAAUCACGAUGGACGCGGAGCUGGAAUUCGCGAUCCAGCCUUCGACUACUGGCAAACAACUGUUUGAUCAGGUUGCGAAAACUGUUGGUCUGCGAGAGAUUUGGUACUUCGGCUUGCAGUACACGGACACAAAGGGCUUCCCGACAUGGUUGAAGCUCAAUAAAAAAGUCUAUUUUCCUCUUGCAGCUAGAAAACUUUUAAGGGAUUUUCAGUUCUAUUUAGGAACAUUUCCUAGAGUUGUAGUGCAAGAUGUGAAAAGAGAACAGACACUUCUCUUUAAGUUCCGUGCCAAAUUUUAUCCAGAAGACGUGCAGGAAGAAAUUAUUCAAGAUAUUACUUUAAGAUUAUUUUACUUACAAGUAAAAGAUGCAAUUCUUUCGGAUGAAGUGUAUUGUCCGCCGGAAACUUCAGUGCUUUUGGCAUCUUUUGCAAUGCAAGCGAAGUAUGGUGAUUACUCUCCAGAAACUCAUAAACCAGGCUGCCUCACAUCAGAUCGGCUGUUACCGCAAAGGGUUAUUAGCCAGUUCAAACUGAGCCCAGAAGAAUGGGAAAAGCGCAUCAUGGUAUGGUGGGCAGACCAUAAAAAUACCACUAGGGAGCAGGCGAUGUUGGAGUAUUUGAAGAUCGCCCAGGAUUUAGAAAUGUAUGGUGUCAAUUAUUUUGAAAUUAAAAAUAAGAAGGGUACCGAAUUGUAUUUGGGCGUCGAUGCUCUUGGCUUAAGCGUGUACGAGAAGAAUGACAAGCUGUCUCCGAAAGUCGGUUUUCCCUGGUCGGAAAUAAGAAACAUAUCCUUCAACGAUAAAAAAUUCAUCAUUAAACCAAUCGACAAGAAAGCCAGUGAUUUCGUCUUUUACGCACAUCGUUUACGAAUAAAUAAGAGGAUACUGGCAUUAUGUAUGGGUAAUCAUGAAUUGUAUAUGCGCAGACGGAAGCCUGAUACCAUUGAAGUACAGCAGAUGAAACAACAGGCUAAGGAAGAACGGUUGCAGCGUCAGCUGGAGCAGGAACGUCUCUCUAAGGAAAUGAGCGCGCGUGAAGCAGCUGAACAAAAGCAGCGCGAGUACGAAGAGAGAAUGGAAAGGAUGAAGGAGGAAGUAGAAAGAGCACAGCGUGAGCUCUCUCAAGCUCACGAAACGAUUCGUCGACUUGAAGAACGGCUUCGAGAGUUGCAAUUGGCUAAGGAACAGUUGGAGUCUAAAGAACGGGAACUUCGCGAAUUGAAUGAACAACUGCAGUCUGAAAGGGAAAUGAGUGUUGAAGAAAAGGAAAGGUUAAGGGUGGAAAUACAAGCCCGCGAGCAACAGGUAUUGGAGAUGAGGGAACAAGUCCAGACGAAGAGUGCAGAGACCGCUCGCUUGCAGAAAGAAGUUGAAGCGGCUCGAGCUCGCCAAGAAUACAGUAGGGCUCAAACUCAAGCUUUCAAUGUUAAAGAAGUGGAUAUCGAUGAUCAUGCUGUUGAGAAUGGACAUGUUGGACAUGAAUUAACAGCACGUGGUGACGAAAAUGAGCUGACAGCUGAUCUUGAAGCAGUAAAAGACAGUCAAAAGGCUACCGAAUUUGACAUCUUACAUAUGGAAAACAAACGUGCUGGACGAGAUAAGUACAAGACUUUAAGGCAAAUCCGUGGUGGGAAUACAAAGCGUCGGAUCGAUCAGUAUGAAAAUAUGUAA